CCAUGGUGUUUUGUAAUAUAAACUACUGAAUGUAGAUACAACAAUGAAAGAUUAAGGUUCCAAAAGAAAGAUGUACUCCCUCCGUUCCAAAACACAACUCAUAUAGAUUUUUCUCAUUUGUUCCACAACACACCUCGUUUUUCUCUUGGUACCCACACCCGGCCAAUAACUAGUCACAUCCAUUUACUCUUAAUCUAAUAUGAGUGGUCAGGCACUAGAAACGAGAGCUGCCUUGGUCCAAGUGCACAAAUCUAUAUGAGCUGCGUUUUGGAAUGGAGGGAGUACUGGCGACGCCUACCAUUUCAAUAUAAGAAUCCCACUGAUCCUCCUCACUCCCUCAGCAGUCACCUCGGCAGGGACCAACAGCAUGGCCUUGCUGCAUCAUCUCAAGUGCCCCAAACCGCUAUACUAUCUGGCUGCCAACAAGUUCGUGCUCAUUGCCACCACCAUGACACUAGGAAUACCCAUCCUCCUCCUACAGGAUGCACACAAAUUUGCCCAUGUAGACGAGCUUCUCUCCCAACUCCGUGUUCUCCGCCCUAUCCAUCUACUCACGUCAGCCAUUCUUCUGUCUGCCACGGUUACUAUCUAUCUCAUACACCGUCCUAGAACAGUCUACCUUGUUGACUACACUUGCUUCCAACCUAGCUCCAACUUUCGAACCCCAAAGGCCUGCUUCCUCGAGCAUGCGCACCUCUCGCCAUUCCUUCGCAAAUCUACUGUUAGCUUCAUAGCGCGUAUGCUUGAGCGCUCCAGCUUGGGCGAAGAGACAUGCCCGCCACCUGCAUUUAAAUAUGUAGAGCCUGACUGUUGUCUAGAUGAAGCCCGCACUGAGGCAGAGCUGGUCGUUUUCUCUGCGAUCGACGACCUAUUGGCCAAGACAUGCAUCAGCCAUGAUGCGAUCGACGUGCUGAUCACCAACUGCGGCAUCUUUUGCCCAGUGCCGUCCAUCGCUGAUGGGAUCGUGAACAGGUACAAGUUUCGAGGUGACAUACGUGUCAUCAACCUCUCUGGAAUGGGGUGCAGUGCAGGGGUGACUGCAGUAGGACUCGCAAGGAACAUCCUACAAGUCAUUCCCUGGGGAUCGCAUGCGCUGGUGGUGUCGACGGAAACCCUUGGUUCAAACCAUUAUGUGGGGAACAACCGUUCCAUGCAGUUAUUUAACAUUUUGUUCCGCAUGGGUGGUACCGCCAAGCUCUUGUCGAGUUCUAGGUCCAAGGCUCGGUUCCGGCUAGCGCAUGUUGUGCGGACGACCACCGCUGCGGAUGACAGUGCCUACAAGUGUGUGUAUCAAGAGGAAGAUGACGAAGGAAAUCAAGGGGUCACACUAUCAAAGAACCUCAUGGCCAUCGCCGGAGAUGCGCUCAAGGCCCACAUCACUGCAAUCGGCCCACUUGUCCUACCAGCCUCAGAGCUGCUCAGGUUUCUUCUCUUCUCCAUUGUGAGGAAGGCACUCCAUGGGAGGAAGAGGCCAUACAUCCCUGACUUCCGUAUGGUGUUUGAGCACUUUUGCAUUCACGUGGGUGGACCGGCUGUGAUCAGCUCAAUACAACACAGUCUAAAUCUAUCAGAUGAGCAAGUUGAACCGUCACGCAUGACACUACAUCGGUUUGGGAACCAGUCAAGUGCAUCUGUGUGGUACGAGUUUGCAUAUAUUGAGGCUAAGGGUCGAAUGAGAAAAGGCGACAGGGUGUGGAUGAUUGGAUUCGGAGCAGGGUACAAGUGCAGCACCGCCGUGUGGGUAUGCAUCAAACCAACCCCCGGUGUCGACGGGCCAUGGUCCAGCUGCAUCCAUCAUUACCCGGUGGAUGUCUCUACAAAUGGUUAAUUUUAGCAUGUUUUAGAAAAUAAGCACAGACUGGACAAUGUACAACAACGUGGAACUACUAUUCCUAAAUACGAGAAUAAAACAAGAUGAGUAAAUCUAUGACUUUGUAGAUCC